AUGGGUGAGAAGAGAGUCAGGUUGAUGCAGUCUCUAUCUGAUAGGUUAGCUGCUUUAGAAGUUGAAAAGGCAGAACCAUCUCCGGUCCCUGUGGACCUGAUGCAGGAGAAGGAUAAAGCCACACUUGGAUUGGGUGCUGCUGAGGCAGACAACAGAGCACCAGAGGAUCAUGGAUUAGGAGUCCCUUUGGGCGUUAUGCCUAAGAAAGCACCUGGAGAGUUCACGUUGAUACAUCAGCUCUCCGUCCCUCAUGGGGCUUCUAAAGCUUCUUCAAUCAGAAUUCCACAGAACAACCAGGGAAAGCCUAAAGGGUUUGCUUUUAUAGAUUUCACUACAGUUGAAGAUGCAAAAGAAGCCAUGAAUUCCUGCAACAACACAGAGAUUGAAGGCCAAACAAUCAGACUGGAAUUCAGCACACAGGGAGGGCAAAACAGAAACAUCAAUGCCAGAGGAGGAUUUGGUCAACAAAGCAAAACACUGUUUGUCAAAGGUCUGUCUGAGGACACCACAGAAGAGACACUGAGAGAGGCAUUCGAUGGUUCCGUCGGUGCAAGAAUAGUCACGGACAGAGACACUGGCUCAUCCAAAGGGUUUGGCUUUGUGGACUUCAGCUCUCCAGAAGACGCCAAAGCAGCAAAAGAAGCCAUGGAAGAUGGGGAGAUUGAUGGAAACAAAGUGACCCUUGAUUUCGCCAAGCUGAAGGGCGAUGGCGGCUUCGGUCGUGGAGGCAGAGGUGGACGGGGUGGCAGAGGAGGAUUUGGCAGGGGUGGAGGCCAAGGAUUUGGAGGCAGAGGUGGUGGCUUCAGGGGAGGCAGAGGUGGCAGUGGUGACCACAAGCCCCAAGGAAAGAAGAUAAAAUUUGACGACUGAGUGGCUCGUCCAUGUAUCUGAGAGGACUCUGGGGUUUUUCAUUCUGUUGCAACAUGACAGAACCUUCUGAGGACAUUCCAAGGUGCAUUGCAGUCCCCUAAGACCUACUUGGAAAAAUUCCUUUCAAUGAAGAAACGGCCAUUCAAUGGCCUGGCCACACAAACAAACUUUUUUAAAGCAACCAAGAGAUGUGGGAGUUGACCCUGUGUCAGUGCAUUGUCCUGAAUUUAUAAUGU